CAGAAAUUGAAAGAAAUCAUGGUUGAUGAUACUGAUACUAUGGAUCUGAAGGAAAUAUUCCGUACAAUGGACUGUGAUGGAAGCGGAACUAUAUCCCAGAAAGAACUCCUGGAUUUCCUGAAAGCAGUGUCAGGAGAUAUUGAUGCAGAGGAGGUCAAGGAUAUAUUUAACAAACUGGAUUCCUCAAAUGAUCGUUCAAUCGAUUUUGACGAAUUUAAGUUGAUGAUGGACAAUAUGAAGAGCCUGGGUUGGACUAAGGAGACCCAGGAUGCGGAUACUAUAAGCGAGGAGGAAAUUAGACGUGUGUUUGAUAUAGUGGACAGAGAUAAAAGUGGCUCUUUGAGUAAAAGAGAAGCAAAAAGGGCUUGUAAUCUUAUUGCGGAGAAAUUCGGAAUUAAAGAGGUUGAUAAGUGGUUGAGUGAGCAGGAUGUGGACGGAGAUGGGGUUCUCAGCUACGCUGAGUUUAAGAUGAGCAUUGCAGGAAACCUUCUCAUUGAUAUUUAAACCAGAUUCAUCUAGAUUGUACUCGUCUGUAGAUAUAAGAAAUAAAUUUGUCCCAUA